AAAAAUACAAUUAUUAAAGAAAAGUUAUUAAACUUGUUUAAACAUUGUUUCUGUGCAAAUAGUGACAUGAACCUCAACUGACCUCAGUGUUCAGUGUACUGUGCAAAACAGCUGUUAAUGACGUUUCACUGAGUGUUGAGUUGUUGACGUGUCAUUAGUUUUGCCGGUCGGCCGGACUAUUUGCAUUUUAAAAUUUAAAGGUCGUGUCCGGUGUCGUUUGUUGAUAAGGCUCAUAGAUAAUAUUAUAAUCAUUACAGAGAAGUGAGAAUAAAGAUUAAGGUUAGGACUUGGGUGCCGGUAGGCGUUUAUUUACUAGAUCUAAUAAAAAUAUUUUGAUUUAAUAAUAAAUAGUGUUAAUAAUGAUAGGACGAAAAAAUAUUUUAUUUCUGUUCGAUGUUGAUGGUACACUUACGAAACCACGGCAAGUGAUUUCUAAUGAUCUUAAAGAGUUCCUUUUAAAUAAAGUGAAACCUCGUGUAUUUAUAGGGUUGGUAAGUGGCUCUGAUUACCCAAAAAUCGUAGAACAAAUGGGUGGUGAACAUGUUACCAACCAAUUUGAUUACGUGUUCUGUGAGAAUGGUGUGGUGCACUACAGCAAUGGAGAACUAAAAAGCUCCGAAAGCAUAUUAAAUUUCAUUGGAGAGAAAACUCUACAAAGUGUGAUCAAUUUCUCCCUGGGUUAUAUGUCUCAACUUGAAUUGCCGGCUAAGAGAGGCAAUUUCAUCGAAUUUCGGUCAAGUAUGAUAAAUAUGUGCCCUGUAGGUCGCUCUUGUAGUCAGGCAGAGAGAGAUGAGUUCAGCAAAUUUGAUAUGGAGCAUAAAAUUAGAGCAAAAUUUGUGGAAGCAUUGCAAGCAAAAUUUAGUGAAACCAAAUUAAAAUUUGCUCUUGGCGGGCAAAUAAGUGUUGAUGUAUUUCCUGAAGGAUGGGACAAAACAUACUGUCUGCAGCAUGUUGCCAAUGAGAACUUUGAUGAGAUACAUUUCUUUGGAGAUAAAACAAUGCCAGGUGGCAAUGACUAUGAGAUAUACAAUGACGAGAGAACAAUCAGUCACAAAGUAAUCUCGGCAGAGGAUACACACAAUCAAUUAAGACAAAUACUUAACAUAAAUAUAUAAUAUCAUAAAAUAUAUUUGAUUAAAGUACAAUGUACAUAAUGUGUAUAAAAAUAUAUUAUUUAUAAAUGC